AUGGCAACCCUUGAUACUCAUAUCGUUGGUAGAGGUCCAGGCCAGUAUAGGCGAGAGCCUUUCAAAGGGUGGCGUACACUACUGAGCAUCAGCAUGCACACGUUUUUGGUUGAACAUUCCGCCAAUGAUACAACUUUGAGAGAUUUCUAUGUCCGGAUAGCGGCGUCGGACUUGAAUGCGGAGAGUAAGAACAAGGGAAGACCCACUUGUCACUUCAUAACAGCAGUUGUAGUUGUGUCCUUAGCUUUUCUUGUGGUCCUCAGUGUGUCGCUGGUGAUUAUUAGGACGAGACGGUCUGCUCAUGCAGCGGACGACAAUUUGAUGCAUUUUGAAUAUCGAGUUCUGAAGAAGGCGACAAAGAACUUCUCUGAGAAAAUCGGGGAAGGCGGGUUUAGUUCUGUUUUCCGGGGAGUACUGCCAGACUUAACUCCUAUAGCAGUGAAGAAACUUUUGAACCAAAACCAAAGUCACAAACAGUUCCUCGCGGAAGUUAGAACUAUAGGAACAAUACAGCACGUCAAUGUGGUUCGACUACGCGGUUUUUGUGCAGAAGAGUCGAAAAGGUUCCUUGUAUACGAGUACCUUGCAAAUGGUUCGCUCGCAGCUCAUUUGUUUCAGAAAGGUUCCAGCACCCUCGAUUGGAAAACCAGAUACCGCAUUGCUAUUGGGACUGCUAAAGGAUUGGAGUACCUUCAUGAGAGGUGUCGAGAUCACAUCAUACACUGCGACAUCAAGCCAGAGAAUAUACUGUUGGGUUCAGAACUCGUACCGCAGAUUGCUGAUUUCGGCCUGGCUAAGCUCCUGGGACGGGAUGUCAGCCGCGUAAUCACCACCAUGAGGGGAACCAGAGGGUACCUCGCACCAGAAUGGAUUACAGGAGGAGCCAUCACAUCGAAAGUCGACGUUUUUAGCUAUGGAAAGCUGCUCUUUGAGAUCAUAUCGGGAAAGAGGAACAUUGAGGAGCUGAAUAGUGAUAUGCGCCACUAUCUACCACUUCAGAUAGCUAAUUCAAUCGCCAAAGGAGAAGAAGUCUUGUCCCUCGUGGACCGCAGAUUGAACGGACUCGUGGAGAUGGAAGAAGUGUGCAGAGCAUGGGAAGUGGCUUGCUGGUGCAUUCAAGACAGCGAGCGAGAUAGACCAACUAUGUCUCAGUUAGAUGUACUAUUUAAACAUUUAUAUGAUGCCCUGAUGGCAACUCUUGACACUCAUAUCGUUAGUAGAGGCCCAUGCCAGUAUAGGCAAGAGCCUUUCAAAGGGUGGCGUAUGCUGCCGAGCAUCGGCAUGCACACGGUAUUCUUUAGUAUAAGGCGAAAGAAUAGUUUGCUCUGUGCACACCGCGUGGCUGCCUGA